AAAUUUUCUUAGUAGUUUUCCCUAUGUGAUGCAGACACGUAUGUGAUACUAUGAAUAAAUAUAUAACUUUUAUAAACUACUCUCUCCUUCUACUUUAUGUCGGGGCAGAUCUAAUAUUUGAUGAAUAUGCGGGACCAUACGAUCAAAAGCCAUUGGGAACAGAAUUUUGUCGAAUAACGGGAAGACAAUGCGUUGAAGGCAAUUUCACAAGACGCAAGCUCCCGGGUAUAGAUAAAGAUUGGCUCUACAAUGUUACAAUGCGGAGCUACAUGUAUAUCACAGAAACAACCACUAUGCGGGUAGUAGCAUCAACCAAAGGAGCAAGCGGCCAUUACAACAGCCUAGCAGACAUCACUAGACCGGCAUGCAAGUGGUUGGAUUGGAUCCAGCCAUUCAUCAAUGAUAUUUCCAGACAUGUUGGAUACAACCCGAAAGACAUCUGCCUUGCAGCAAUUCCGGGCUUUUAUCAGAUCACAAACUUCCAUCUGAAAGAGCAAUCACACUUCAGAAUAAAACAGAUUCCAAUAGCUCCUUACGGAUUGUAUAAAUUUGAGUUCCAUAUGUCGGAAAAGGAUAAUCCAAACUGUCUUUGCGUACGCAUCUUCGUGGAGAUAACGCCUGAUGCCAAAGCUAUUCUAAGGAAGCAGAAACAGAAUCGCACAAUUAUUCAAAUACCGAAAUUUUGAACCUGAAUCUAUAAUAAUUGUUUCUGAAUUAAAUACCUGGAUUAAGAAAUUGAGAAUUGAAAAUUGAGAGAUAUCUCAACCCUGGAAGAUGAAGAAAAAUAAGAAGAUGAAGACGAAGAAAACCCUAAGAAGGGUUAUUAUCAAGAUAGAGAGAUAUCUCAACCCUGGAAGAUGAAGAAAACUAAGAAGAAGAAGAAAAAGAUGAAGACGGAGAAAAA